AUGUUGCUGGUGGAUUUCCCGAAUGCCUUUAAUUUGGUUGAUCGUACGGCUUUACUGCGUGAGGUCCGUCUCCGUUGUCCAGCUCUCUCGCGUUGGGUUGAAUUCUGUUACUCUUCUCCAGCCAGGCUGUUUUAUGGGGAGCAUACCUUAAGGUCAUGUCAAGGUGUGCAGCAGGGUGAUCCUCUUGGCCCUUUGCUUUUUGCUUUGGUGCUCCAUCCGUUGGUUUGUCGAAUCAGGGAUUCUUUCGACUUAUGCUUGCAGACUUGGUAUUUGGAUGAUGGCACUAUUAUUGGUGACACUUUGGUGGUAGGGAAGGUUAUGGAGUUGAUUUUGGUGGAGGGACCUCGUCUCGGUCUCCAUGUUAACGUUGAGAAAACGGAAGUUUUCUGGCCCACGGAGGACCCACGUAGCCGUCUGGCCGGUGUCUUUCCUCUAGAUAUUGCUUGUCCUAUUCAUGGUGUUAAGUUGCUUGGUGGUCCCGUCAGUGUGGACGCCUCUUUCUGUGGUGAGCUUGUUUCGCAGAGAGUGUCGAAGACCAUUGUGCUCAUGGAUGUUGUUGCUAAGCUUGAGGAUCCCCAAUGUGAGUUGUUACUGCUUCGUGCGUGUACUGGGGUUUCAAAACUCUACUUUUCUAUGCACACUUGUCCUCCUCGUCUUUUUGAAGCGGCCCAGAUUUCUAUUGAUGUUGCCCUUUGGGGUUCUUUGGAGCGCAUUGUAACUGCUUCGGGGCCAGCGGGUGAUGUUCGACACUAUGCUUUCCUUGUGUCGCGUUUGCAGUCUUCUGGUCUUCAGGCUUCACUUCUUCGCAAUUCUGAAUCCACUUUCUCCUUAUCUCAGCGUCAGGUUACCUUAUGGAAGUCCCAGCAGGGGGAUCACACUUCUGCCUGGUUGCGAGCGGUCCCGAUAUCAGGUUUGGGUCAGACUAUGAAUGGAUUUCUGCAAGGAAGGAGGUCACCGUUGGGUUGA